AUGUUGGAAAAAUUUAAAUCCAGUUUUAAUCGUAAUGUUAUGACAAGAGAGGAAAUAACAUCUAAACUAGAAACAUCUCGCGUGGCGGUCAUCGUAGGGGCGGCUGGGUGUGGUAAAUCCACCAGGGUUCCGGCAGCCAUUUUGAGAUACUGCGGUGUUGGAACUACCGCGAUAGUAUCAGAACCCCGACGUGUAGCCGCUAUUGGAUUAGCGCAGAGAGUCGCUGAUGAGUUAGGGGAAAAUGUUGGUGAAACAGUGGGUUACCAGGUUAGACUACAAUCAAAACCCCCGCGGCCGCCAGCUGGCGCCAUCUUGUUUUGCACUUCUGGUGUACUUUUGCGCAGGUUACAAUUCAAUCCAGGACUCGAAGGAUGCACUCACGUGAUAAUAGACGAGGCUCACGAACGGGACGUUAACACAGACAUAACCUUGCUUUUAUUGAAACGCGCACUCAAGAUCAAUCCCAAGCUUAAAAUUGUUGUCAUGAGCGCUACUUUGGACAUCGAAGUUUUUACAAGAUAUUUCGAAGAUUGCCCAUUAAUAGAAGUCCCAGGUCGCACUUUUCCAGUAGAAGACUUUUAUUUGGAUGAUGUAGAGAAACAAUUUAACAUAAAACUGAAGAAUACAAGAGAAAAUUGCACCAAAGAGGAUGGCAAGCCGUUGAUCAAUUGUCAAGAGGUGGUAGAAGUCAUAAAAGCAGUUGAUAAUACAAAGACGGAAGGCGCGAUACUAGUGUUUCUUCCGGGUUGGGCUGAAAUUAAAAAGAGCAAGGAACUGUUGGACCAGAUCUAUAAUGAUGGGACGCACCUUAUAUUGCCCGUGCAUUCGAGAUUAUCAACGGCAGAUCAAACAAAAAUGUUCAAUAAACCACCACCAGGCGUUAGGAAGAUAGUUCUCUCCACAAAUAUAGCGGAAACAUCGGUCACCAUUCCCGAUGUAGUUCACGUGAUUGAUACGGGCGCUCACAAAGAAAAUAGAGUCAAACAGGGCACCGGGACAGCAAGCUUGGAAACAGUAUGGGUAUCUAAAGCGGGUUCAAAACAACGCGCUGGGAGGGCGGGACGAGUUCAGCCAGGCUUUUGCUACAAACUGUAUACAAAAGAGAAGGAAGCUGAAUUAACAGCUCACACCACUCCAGAAAUAUUAAGGAUACCACUAGACCAAACAGUGUUGGAUUGUAAGACCUAUGCACCGGAAGAGAAAGUGGAAGAUUUCCUCUCACAACUUCCGCAGCCUCCGAGCAAAGAUUCAUUGCGAUUCGCUGUCAAUGACCUCAUAGAUUUAGGGGCUCUAUCAAAGACAGAGCAGCUGACCCGUCUAGGGGUACUCGUGUCCCACCUGAACAUUUCUCCCCGUCUGGCGAGGGGCGUAUUGCAUUCGGCGAUUGUUGGGAAUGUCGUCGCUGCGGGGAAUAUGGUCGCUCAUUGCUCUGAUAACGUCGAAGUUUUUGCGAAUGCGGCGGACAGGAAAGAUGAGAUACGCAACAUAAAGCGAAAAUUUAGUUUGACGUCCGAUCACGCGGCCUUACACUGGAUUCAGGACUCGUUCGAGCUAAAGCUGGAGGAAGUGGGAUGGAGGGAAGUGGAUGGAUGGUGCGACAUGUACGGUUUGAGGAAGGACCGGCUUUCGUAUGUUAAAUCACUCUCAAACCUUCACUUGGAGCACUUACUCAAAUGUGGAAUGUUAGAGAAAAAUCCAGAAGUAGAAGAUCUAAAUAGAUAUUCGAAUAUAGACGAGAUGACGUCAGCGAUAUUAUUAUCCGGAUCUAAUACAAUACUUUUCACAAAGAAAAUGGUAAAAACUAAAGGGAAAUUGAAGACAGCGGUGGAAUUGUUUACGAGUUUAGGCGAACGCGCCCAUAUAGGCGGCGAAAGUAUUAAUUACGGUAUAACUAAACGCAAACACAAUACCAAUUUACUGACGUAUUUCGGAGGAUAUCAUUCGACGGAACGCCGAGCCUUGGUCGUUCAUAAGACGACUUUAAUAUCACCCUUGACUGCUCUUCUCUUCUCUAUGGGAGACGUCCAAAAGAAAGCCAGCGUAGAAGACACGACAGAUUUGUAUUUGCCAAGACACCGACUAACAAUCGAAGUGCCGACAAGCCAAGCGGAUCACAUACUACGUUUAAGAGAAAUGUUAUGGAACUCAUUCGAAUACUACAUUGAAAGAAAUGUCAACGGAAUUGACUUCGAGGAGUUCACGAAGACGUCAACAUUCAAAAAUACUCUUAUGAAGACUGUAGCUAGUGUAUUAGUUGAAGCGAAUAGCGAAUAUGUUGAGAAAUAUAUCAAGGAAACUGAUUUUAGAUAA